AUGCCGGUUUCAGCUUCUUCUGAUAUUGCAUAUACAUCGCCAUUUACAAUUCCAUCAAGUAAUAACUCCAAAUUAAUAUCCCUACUAUCGGAGCAUAGAGAUGAGUCAGCUAAACAAGAAACCACACCAGAAGCCCCCCUACCAUUGAAUUUCAACAUACCCACUGCAAGCCAAUUUGAUGCAUCCAACUUGAUUGAGUUGAACAAUACCAAGAUUCUUAGUCAAUCUUCGGAGCAACAACUGAAUAAAAAACAGCUAGUAUCAAACACUACUGUUGAAGCCAUUGAUGAAAACGAUGAGCCAAAACUAUUGAUUGAGAUUAAAACCAUUCAGCCCACUAAUAUGCAGCAGCAGUUAUCGACUGUUGUCUUCAAUAAUUUUCCUAAUUUGAAGAAUAUUGUCGUAGAGCAAGUUCUUGCAAGUAUGAUAAAUUUAAAUACCGAUAAAUCGACAAAUCGUCAUCCUUCAUUCCACUGGUCGCAGAUCAACUAUGAGUUCACAGACCUGAAGGUUAUUCUUGUUAAAUUUGAUAAAGUUGAAGAUGCAAAAUGGUUUAUCGAGACUUAUAGUCAUAUAGACACGCUCCUACCAAAGGUUGAAAUGAUUUAUAGUCAUCAAGUUCGUGAUAAACUAGCUAAUUUGCCUUCCCAACCAAGCUCAAAUCCAGACUCAUUAAAGAGCAAAUUGAAGUUGAUACUUUAUACAACAAAGAAUUUUGCCAAACCGAAAGUGCAAGGUUUGGAGGAACUUGACAAGGUCAUGCAAUCUUAUUCAGACUACAAAGUUGAUUAUAAUGAUUUGAUCGAUGUCCCUAACGAGAUGAAGGAGGGAAUAAUCAAGGACAUAAUUAAGUUUCGAAGUCGCAUGCUACUUAUUGAAAAGGAGAACCGACAAAAACAAAUUGAGCAUGAUAGAUUGGUGACAAGAAACAAACUAAAUGAAUUGUUCAACGGGAUGGAAAAAUCAGGGGACCAGAAGAAAUUGAAAGAGAAAGGAUCGUCAACUGAUGUGUCUAGAAAGGAAGAAGAUAUCGUUAUUCCUGAUCAGUACGAACACUUGAAUGAUGAAGAGUACUACAAUAUGAUCCAUGAGAACGAAACAAAUGAAUACAAUCUAAAGUAUCAAUCUCAUCUCAAAGAUGUCACUAAGCAACAAGCAAGUUCAAAGUUAAAAUUGGAAACUGAAUUGGGAAAACUACUCAAUUACGAAGCUGAUUUGCUUGAUUCAAAGUUGAAUCAAAUUGACAAGUUAAAAAACUAUGAGAAAUUGGAAAUAACCACAAUGUACACCUACAGAUAUAAUGAUUACUUGAAACAACGCAAUGGAAAACGAUUGUUGGAAAUGAAGUUGGAUGCAGAGGAUUCAGCAGCUGAAGAAAAAGAGCACGAGGGUGAAGUGAAGCAUGAACCAAAAGAGACACAAGCCAAGAAGCAAAAACUCGAAGCAAGCACCAAACCGAAAUUGUCAGACUUGCCUGAGAUUAAAUCUUUGAGUAAAGAAUUGAGGGUACAAAUCCAUGACAAAAUCAUCAACUUGGUGGAGGAGUAUCUUGGUGUGCAAGACGAAUUUCUCGUUGAUGUCAUUAAACAACAUCUUGAGACAAAUAGUUUCAAUGGAAGAUCAGCAUUGGUGCUGGAUCUUUUUGAAGUGUUGGAUGAAGAUGCUGAAAAUUUAGUUAAUGAUUUAUACAAGUUUAUAGAGUCAGUCGCGAAAUAA